CUUUUUUUGUGCUAACAGUCGCUCCCGCCAAGACAAAAUAAUACAGCUUCCUGCAUCGCCCUUCCACCAGACAUAUAAAACCCCCACCGUGGCCCCCUCCCCCAUUACAGCCUUCAUUCUCCGAAUCCUCAACGUCGGCCGAAGGAAAGAAAUCUGUCAAAAUGCGUGAGUGUAUUUCUAUGCAUGUCGGCCAGGCCGGAGCCCAGAUGGGCAAUGCAUGCUGGGAACUGUACUGCCUGGAACAUGGGAUCCAGCCUGAUGGACAGAUGCCCAGUGAUAAGACAAUCGGAGGGGGAGAUGACUCCUUCAACACCUUCUUCAGUGAGACUGGGGCUGGUAAACAUGUUCCUCGUGCAGUCUUUGUAGACCUGGAGCCAACCGUCAUCGACGAGGUCCGCACAGGUACCUACCGCCAGCUGUUCCACCCUGAGCAGCUGAUCACAGGCAAGGAGGACGCUGCCAACAACUAUGCCCGUGGUCACUACACCAUCGGCAAGGAGAUCAUCGACCUGGUACUCGACCGGACGCGCAAACUGGCUGACCAGUGCACUGGUCUCCAGGGCUUCCUGAUCUUCCACAGCUUUGGAGGCGGCACCGGCUCUGGGUUCACCUCCCUGCUGAUGGAACGUCUCUCUGUCGACUAUGGAAAGAAGUCCAAGCUUGAAUUUGCUGUUUACCCUGCUCCCCAAGUUUCUACUGCUGUGGUGGAGCCUUACAACUCCAUCCUGACCACCCACACCACCCUGGAGCACUCAGACUGUGCCUUCAUGGUGGACAAUGAGGCCAUCUAUGAUAUCUGCCGCAGGAACCUGGACAUUGAGCGCCCCACCUACACCAACCUCAACAGGCUGAUUGGUCAGAUCGUCUCCUCCAUCACCGCCUCCCUGCGUUUCGAUGGAGCCCUCAAUGUGGACCUGACAGAGUUCCAGACCAACUUGGUGCCUUACCCCCGUAUCCACUUCCCUCUGGCCACCUAUGCUCCAGUCAUCUCUGCUGAGAAGGCCUACCAUGAGCAGCUGUCUGUUGCUGACAUCACCAACGCCUGCUUUGAGCCAGCCAAUCAGAUGGUGAAAUGUGACCCACGUCACGGCAAGUACAUGGCCUGCUGCCUGCUCUACCGUGGUGAUGUUGUGCCCAAAGAUGUCAACUCUGCCAUCGCCACCAUCAAGACCAAGCGCACCAUCCAGUUUGUGGACUGGUGUCCCACUGGCUUCAAGGUCGGUAUCAACUACCAGCCACCCACAGUGGUCCCUGGAGGAGAUCUGGCCAAGGUCCAGAGAGCUGUGUGUAUGCUGAGCAACACCACCGCCAUCGCUGAGGCCUGGGCCAGGCUUGACCACAAGUUUGACCUGAUGUACGCAAAGAGAGCCUUUGUGCACUGGUAUGUGGGAGAGGGCAUGGAGGAGGGAGAGUUCUCAGAGGCCAGAGAAGACAUGGCAGCCCUGGAGAAGGAUUAUGAAGAGGUGGGUACUGACAGCAUCGGAGAAGAGGAUGAAGAAGGAGAGGAGUACUAAAGGGUGUAAUUCCUGAUCUGCUGAUGUUCCAUUAAUAUAGUCUACCAGUCCCGGAUAGUGCAAGUCGUAAGAAAACAACAAAAAGGUUUUAACGGACUAAUAUUGGAAAUCAUUCCAUAGAGUAAGCACAUUCCACCCAGCUACAAGAAGAACCUUCCUGCCUCACAUCAGCCAUUUUGAAUAAAUUAUGAAAGAAAAAAAAGCUUCUUGUGUUUACUGGUUGAAACCUCUUGGUAUGUCAACAUGAAGUAGCAGAUAUAUCUGACGCGUUGAUCACACCGACAGCGUAAUUUCGCAAAAUAAUAUGCAGCAUCAUCUGGAUGUGUGCAACAAAAGUUCAACAUUCCCCUUCUGCUACCAUUUCUGUCAAGCCGUCUAUGUAUACAGUUUGAAGCAUAUGUUAAAUAAAUCCAAUGUAUGCACCACACAGAACGCACUGCAACUGCCUCAGCAACGCAAUGCUGCAAGGCAAACACGGCAGGUCGCCUAGUGGUUAGAGUGUUGGGCCAGUAACCCAAAGGUUGCUAGAUCGAUCCCUGAGCUGACAAGGUAAAAAAAAAUCAGUUGUUCUGCCCCUGAACAAGGCAGUUAACCCACUGUUCCUAGGCUGUCAUUGUAAAUAAGAAUUUGUUCUUAACUGACUUGCCUAGUGAAAUAAAAUUGUAAUAAAUACAUUGAAAAUGAA